AUGAUGGGCCUGUUCGGAAAAAAGAAGGAUCCGAAGGAGCAAGUUAGAGAGCUCCAGAGGAAAAUGAGGCAGGAGAUGAGAACCUUAGAUAGACAAAUCCAUGGAAUCCAAAGAGAAGAGAUGAAGGUAACAAAAGAAAUAAAAGAAGCUGCGAAGAAAGGCGAUAGAGAAGUGUGUACAGUUUUGGCAAAGUCUCUCAUACAGUCCAAAAAGGCCAUUUCCAAGAUUCAUGUGAGUAAAGCUCAGAUAAACAGUGUUAUAAUGUGUAUGCAAGAACAACUAGUGACUAUUAGAAUGGCUGGUUCCCUUCAAAAAUCAACGGAAGUGAUGAGAAGUAUGCAGAACCUUGUUAAGGUGCCUGAAAUAAUGAAAACAAUGAGAGAAAUGUCUGCUGAGAUGACCAAACUAGGGAUUAUUGAUGAGAUGAUCGAGGAUACCAUGCAGAGUCUGGAACCUGAAGGCCUCAACGAAGAAGCUAACGAAGAGGUCGACAAAAUUCUUUGGGAGAUCACAGCAGGAGAAUUGGGUAAAGCUCCUGUUGCCGCUUCUCAUCCGCUGGUUGACGGACCUGAAACUGAGCAGAACGAGGAAUUCGAAGCGAUGACGAGGCGAUUAGCCGAACUACGGGAAUAG